GCUGUGUGUGUGAGGUUGUGAGGUCAGAGGUCAGAGGUCAUGCUGCAGAGGGAUUCCGACCCCCACGGCCUCUUCUCCUCCGGAGAGACGUUUGACAAUGAGUGUGAGAUGGGGGCGAGUUGUGUAGCUGUAGUGUGUCUGUGCGAGGCUGGUCCCUGCACACUGUACUCAGAAGCACACAGGCCCACGCCGGACAAACUGCUGUGUGAACACUGUGGGAAACACAGGGUGAUGCUAACCAGGUACUCUGAGGGCUACGGCACAGAGGUAAAGUGUGUGUGUGUGUGUCUGUACGUGUGUGUGUGUCUCAAAAAGCCCUUUAGUGAAUACACCUACUUCUGAUACUUAAGAGUCUCGCCUGCAUGUGUCUGCAGCUCCUUAUAAAAGCUUCUGACAUGUUUU